AUGGCAAAUCAGCUUAUUCGUUUGGAUGGUAAGCACAUCUCCGCCAUUCAAUUACAAAUGGCUGAAGAUCGGAUAUUGGAGACGUACAUAAACAAUUUAAGCGAAGGCGCAUCAGAUGUCAUUUAUGGACACUUACGAGAUGCAGGAUUUUUAUACGUGGCUCGCAUGCUCGGGGGGACUAAAUUGGAUCCCACACUUAUCAGUGCUUUGGUCGAAAGAUGGAGACCGGAGACACACACAUUCCAUCUUCCCUGUGGUGAGUGUACAAUUACACUCGAGGACGUUAGUUUACAACUCGGUCUACCGGUUGAUGGGGAAGUUGUUACGGGGCCAGUGCUUAGUGCCGAUUGGAGUGAAACAUGCGAGCAAUUAUUAGGGAAGGUGCCGAACAAGUUUAAGGGUAGCCGGAUCGAGAUGAAAUGGUUGGAGGACAACUUCAAAACUAUCAAGGCUUCAGCGAGUGAUGUUGAAAAAGAACAAUUCGCUCGCGCGUUCAUCUUAAAAUUGAUCGGGGGUUUGCUCAUGCCAGAUAAAUCUCGAAAUCUGGUACAUUUAAGGUGGCUGCUACUACUAGCCGACUUAAAAGAAGCGGGACGACUUAGUUGGGGAUCAGCAGUGUUGGCGACAUUGUACCGAGAAAUGUGUAGAGCAACACAACCAGAAAAAGCUAAAAUAAGCGGUUGCAUGCUUCUUCUUCAAUCGUGGGCAUGGUGGAACAAUCCCGCUAGACAUAGCGGUAUACCGACCGAGCUCGAGGAUAUUCGACUAGCUUUAGAUCAACAAACUGAAGAGGAGGUUAGUUUAUGA